AUGAAAAAAGACAUAAACAAAUCUUUUUCUGAAGGCGACACAGAUUUAUGCUCUCUUCAUGAUCUAUCUAUCCAUCUAUCUAUCUAUCUAUCUAUCUAUCUAUCUAUCUAUCUAUCUAUCAUUACUAAUUUCUUCCUGAUCUAUCUAUCUAUCUAUCUAUCUAUCUAUCUAUCUAUCUAUCUAUCUAUCUAUCUAUCUAUCAUUACUAGUCUCUUCAUGAUCUAUCUCUCUUCUAUCAUUUUAAAUCUAUCUAUCUAUCUAUCUAUCUAUCUAUCUAUCUCAUUCUCAUUAUCCAUCCCUCUCUCGCUAUCUUCUCUUGCAUUCUGUCAUUAUCUCUCUCUCUCUCUCUAUCUAUCUAUCUAUCUAUCUAUCUAUCUAUCUAUCUAUCUAUCUAUCUAUCUAUCUAUCUAUCUAUCUCACUCUCUCUCUCUAUCUAUCUAUCUAUCUAUCUAUCUAUCUAUCUCUCUCUCUCUCUCUCUAUAUAUAUAUAUAUAUAUAUAUAUAUAUAUAUAUAUAUAUAUAUAUAUAUCCAUCCAUCCAUCUAUCCGAUGGCUCAGAAUCUCCGACUGA